AUGUCCAGCCCGGAGUCUGUCUACUACUCUCCGCCGUCUGGCUACGGAGUCCCAGACUUAGUACGCGAUGACCAAGCAGAGCCGUGCCACCUCAUCAACCUUCCCAACGAGCUCCUCGGCCAUAUCCUCUCCUUCCUCGACCCCCUCGACCUCGCCGCCGUCUGCCAGACCUGCCGCACCCUCAACGAUCACGCCAGCGCCGACCACAUCUGGCAGUCCAUCAUCCAGUCGCACGUCCCGGGGAACCAGGUCACCAGCUGCUACCCGUGUGCGACCUUCAAGGAGCUGUACGUCUGCCACGACCCGCACUGGUUCCUGACAAAGUACAAGAUCUGGUUCUGCGGCCGCAACCUGACGGGGAAGCUCAUCGUUGUGCGCUACGACCAGCGCCGCGGCUGCAUUGAGGGCUACCAGAUGCUCGCCGUCAGCAACAGGGAGCACAUGCUGCACACGUGGCCCAUGGACCAGGAGGUCGUCGUGCACGCCUUCGAGCCCGAGGUCAAGCUGCAUCUGGACAAGCCGGCGCUGCAGCUGCGUGCCAAGACGCUGGAGAACCUCGUCCGUAGGACCAUCUCCUUGUCGCUGUCGUCGUCUCCCGGGCCCAGUGGCAGCGGGAGCGGUAGCAGCAGCGCCGAACGGUACCACAGCGGCCACAGCAGCAACCGCUACAUGGCCGAGACUCCCAUGCUUGUCACCGACAACCCCGAUGACACCGUCUUUAACAACUUCCUGCUGGCGCGCCCCCUCGACGACGCCGAUGCCGCCAAGCGGUCACUGAUCGGCUUCCCCUACGGCAACGUUUGGCCGCCCCCGGACGUGCCCGCAAACCACCGGGUCAGCUCGGCCAACUUUUACACGGGCGAGGGCAUGCAGCUGGCGCCCGAGAGUCGGCCCGCGACGCGCGCCGAGGUCUCGGACCAGGCCUUCCACAUCCGCACCUGGAUGGAGAUGCGGCAGACGCACCCACCGGGCGGCAUCAACUUCAUCCCCAUCCCGACGAUGACGGAUCUGCCGCACGACGCUCCCAACGUGCACAACCAGGCCAGUGCGCCGUGGAUGCGAGGGUUCGGGCCGGGGCCCAACACCCCGGGCCAGCCGCUGCACAUCGGCGAGGAGGUCAACACGUAUGCGACGCUAGACCCCAAGCUGUACACGCCGACGGCCGACAAGCCGUGGCGCGGGAUCUGGGUCGGCGACUACAGCGGGCACGGCUGCGAGUUCCUGCUGGUUCACCAGCCGGACGAUGACGACGACGUGGAGCCCUUCGACGAGAGCUCGAUGGAGCAGGGGUCCGACGAGACGGACGAGGAGUUUAAGCGGCGGAAGUGGGAGGCGAGGGUGUACCGCGGCAAGCUCGAGGCCAUCAAGCUGACGGGCGACCCCAACGUGCCCCGUGGGGAGUGCACCUUUAUGGCCGAGGACCUCGGCGAGCGCGGCUACGUGACGACGGUCAAGGAGGAGCCGUUCAAGGGGACGAGGGUCGUGGAGAGCAUGGGCCAUGUCGCUGGCACGGGGUUUUCGAAUGACAAAUACAUCGAGUCACAACUACUGCUGAUAUCACCGGAUCGGCUGGCGCAGUACUGGGUCGGGUUCGGGCAUAUCAGCUUCUUUGAGAGACUUACCGAGAAACUUUGUGCCGCUGAAACCGACGCAUUGCGUGGGAGAGGAGAAGCUGCAUCGGAUUGGGUGAAGAUAAUAUCGACGCUGCAUAACUCUGGGUCCGGGGCUGGGCCUGGGGCUGAGGCUGGCAUCACUGAGCUUGCGACUGAGGCUGGCUCAUUUGCAGAUCCAGGCUGA